CCCUCUCCCUCCCUUCCUCUCCCUCUCUCUCCCCCUCUGCCCUGCUGUGAGUAGGUGGUUCCUUGUUGUACUUGAUUGGUGUGAGUCUAUAUAGGAGGACAGACGUUCUUACAGGCUCAGAGUCUGGUGGUGCCCGCUUGCCACACGUUCCCAAUAGGACUACCUGUUUUUUUUUUUCUCUGUUUUCCUGAGAGGAUUUACUUUGUUCUGACAGCAUGACGGAGAGGAGGGAUAAGAGAGGGAGAAAGAAGGGAGGUAAGAAAGGACAAAAGGAGAAAGAGGCGGAUCCCACUAAAGCUGCAGCUCCAAAGUUAAAACCGAUGAAGUAUCCAAUAAAAGUGGACGAGGGACAAAAGCUCACAGUUAAGUGUGAGGCCACAGGGAACCCUCUCCCCACCUACAGAUGGUUCAAAGAUGGCAACGAGCUGAAGAAAAACAAAAAAGUUAAAAUAAAGAACAGCCAGAAAAACUCUAGAGUCCAGAUCAUCAGAGCAAACCUAGGAGAUUCUGGGAAUUACACAUGUGUGGUGGAGAACCCGCUGGGAAAGGACAACUCCACUGGCACUGUUAACGUCCAAAGCAGCUCAGGCCACACCAGAAGAUGCAACGACACAGAGAAGGCCUACUGUGUGAACGGCGGCGACUGUUACUUCAUAGAUGGUGUAAAUCAGCUCUCCUGCAAGUGUCCAAAUGACUUUACUGGUGAUCGCUGUCAAACCUACGUUAUGGCCAGUUUCUACCAGCAUCUUGGGAUUGAAUUUAUGGAGGCAGAAGAACUCUACCAGAAAAGAGUCCUGACAAUCACGGGUAUUUGUGUGGCUCUGUUGGUGGUGGGCAUCGUGUGUGUGGUUGCCUACUGUAAAACCAAGAAACAAAGAAAGAAGAUGCACAAUCAUCUGCGACAAAACAUGUGUCCAGAACACCCCAAUCGCAACCUAGCUAACGGACCCAAUCACCCAGGACCAGGCCCAGAGGAAAUCCCUAUGGUAGAUUACAUAUCAAAGAAUGUCCCUGCAACUGAACGAGUCAUACGGCCUGCAACAGAGGGAUCAUUCCCUGCGAGCCAUGCGUCUUCAAGAUCUCACAACUCUUCCACACGUGCCCAUUCAUCAACUCACAGACAUGAGGAACGGACAUGGAGCCUGGAACACUCUGACAGUAUCCUUUCUGACUCGCCGGGAAUGAUGUCGUCAUCCGUGGGGACCAGUAAAUGCAGCAGUCCUGCGUGCAUGGAGGCGCGGGCACGGCGCGCUGCACACUGUGGUUACUCUGACCCCCAUCGGCCGGCCCUACAGUACGGGGACUCCUUCGACUCGCUGGGAGACUCUCCGCACAGUGACAGAUACGUGUCAGCCCUGACGACACCAGCCCGCCUCUCGCCAGUGGAUUUCCAUUACUCAUUGCCCCCACAGGUGCCUACCUUCCAGAUCACAUCCCCCAAUGCCAGCCAUGCCAUGUCUCUCCCUCCUGCUGUCCACAAUCCCUACCCUCUGGAGGAUGACCAGCCUUUGCUGCGCCGCUAUCAGGUGCCCCUUCACGAUGCCCAGUGCCAGGAGCCCUACCGGCAGCAGCGUCGUACCUAUCUAAAUGACAGCAGGGGAAGCCUGCCUUCCAGCCCCUACCGGCUGGCUGAGGAUGAAGACUAUGAGACCACCCAGGAGUAUCUCUCCUCUCGGGAGCAACCAAAGAGAAGUGGGUCCAGUGGAACCGGUAGCCGGCGCUGGCGGAGAUCCAGACUGAAUGGCCAUGUGGCCCCACGUGGAUAUGAGGCAUCUCGGGACUAUGGGUCUCGAAGCUGCCUAACAGAUAGUGAGUCAGAGGAGGACGGUGAGAGCACGCCCUUCCUCAGUAUGCAGAACAUGAAUGCCGAGCCCUCCACCAUCUACAAGCCGGUGGACAGUCGGACUUCUCACUCAUCGGGGCGGCACAGUGGGCAUGGGAACAUGCAUACAAGACUAACACACUCACGCUCAAAACCGGACAAUACACCCCAUUAAAGAGUGAAAAUGAACCAACAAAAAUCAAUAUAGUAUAGACCUGCAUCUAUAAGAAAUAUUUUUAUUUUAUAUAACUGACAGAUAUUCUAAACAAAUGAAAUAUUUAUUUUCAUUUUAGCAAAAGUUGUCUACUAGUUAACAGCAAAGACUUUUUUAUAGGGAAAACUCUAUUUAUAUGUACAUUUUGAUUUACAGCAUAAAAAGAUGUGCCAGUUUUUUCACAACGUAAAAAAUAGAGUAAUAUUGUGGUGCCUUUUGCUGUAUGCCGAUGCCAGAGGGCCAGUGGAGGUUUUUGUAGCCUUUCUUAUAUGGACGCCUCAUUUUUUAUACACGUUUCUGUUUUUUUUUUCCUCUCUGGUUUCCUGUAUUACUUUCUUUCCAGGUUGCAUUCUUUGAGGAGUCUAGCCCCACUGGAACAUAACCCCUUCCAUAUCACGCAAUAUACACCACUUCAACAUAAAGUGUAUGUUUACAUUAAUAUGAUUCGCCUGUAGGGUUUUUGAUUUGGGAUUUCAUAGAACGCCUGAUUAAUACAAUGUAAAUCCUUUUUGCCCUCUGACUAAUGUCUACCAAGAGAGAGAGCGAUUGAAAGAGAGAUAGAAAAUUUGUGGUUUGUGUGUGUGUGCGUGUGUAAAAGCCUGUGUGUAUGCGUGUGCGCAUGUCAGUUUGCUUGCAUGUAUUUGUGAUUGUUAGAUGAAUUUCAUUGUUUGUUGCGGAAACAUCAAAUGUGUGGGUCUACUGGUGUCUCAGCAGAGCUGACAGAAGAGUGUCCCAGAGGCUCACAGAAUAGUGCUUUAUCAGAACCGUGACCCCUAGUGUAGGUGGACAGGUGAGGCUGCUGUAGGGUUGUAUGUUAUGCAGGUCAUUGCCUGAUGUGUUUACAGAUAUCCUCCCCCUUUCCCAGCCUGCCCCAGCGAAGUCCCUUUUAAUUGUCAGCAGGUUUUCCUCAUGUUAGCCUGUUAUGAGGCCAACAAACACUGAGCCACUUGGCAAAGGGUGACCCCUGCCAUCGGAGGUGGUGGCAAAACAAAAGAUUUCAUCUGUUUUCACUCAACUCCUACCCUAAUCUUUCUGUGUCCAUUCUGUUUUCGUGGCUCAUGGUAAAGGGCCACACAGUGUCUCAGGAUUUCCACAUACCCCCCGCCCCCCCCAAACCCUAUUCACCCUCUUCCUCUACUUAAGGUCUACCUAAGACUAAGGUUCUCAGAUGCUGAGGGUCUAAAUGUUAUCAUACAGCCAGUUCCCUCAACACUCCCAUAGAGAAAGAAGGAAAGUCAAGUGGAAGCAGCUCAGUGGAGAACAGUACAGAACAUAUUAGACGAUAUAAAUGAAAUAGCUGUGAAACUUUGGAGGAUCAUACAAUGCAAAAAUAUGCAAACUUUCUAUUUUGCUGUUUGAUUACAUCAUUUUCUAAGAGGUGACUGUAGUGUGUUGUGUGUGAAAAAACUAUGUGAUGCCUAUAGUAUAGAAUGAAACAUGAUAUAAAUGCAUAUUUACAUGAGUUAUUUUUUAAAGCCAUUAUGCAGCCAUCUAUGAAGUUGUCAGCCUUUCUUGUUCACAUACUCAUGUCCAUUGAAUGACUGUGUCCAUGAAUUAUUUUAUCACUUGGUUUAGACCGCUCCACUUUACAUGCACACUUCCAAGUAAUGUCAAAUAGCAUCCAAAUAGUGUCUCCUCCAAUAGUACUGUGUACUGCUUUGUCUUGUCGAAAGAUCUAGUAAUUUCAAAUCUAGUCCGUAAAUGAUAAUAAUUUAAAAACGUAAACAGAAUCAUUUAAGCCCUCUCUCCUCCACUGAAGGAAUAGUAAAUAUUUAAAAGAUAAUUCAAGAAAUGUCAAACCCAUUACAAGUGACUCACUGAGAGAGGACAGCUGAUGAUGUUUCAUCACUGUUUGUAUGUUUCUAUGCUGAAUGCUGAGUUAUCAAAAAUCUUAAAAAGAUUGUUCUGCAAUUCUAUCUGCUAUAUGGUAAAUGCACAGUGGUAUUGUUAUAGAGAAUGGUCUUUGGUCACACCUCACUUGCAGAUAUUUCAGAGUUUCUCACCUCUGGGUCUAAUUUUGUAUGUCUGAAAAAUGCAAAAGAGGACAGUCCUCCGCUAGUUUAAGUGUGAUACUCCCCUCACUUUGCCAGUUCUCUCACGCAAUUGAGAUGGUAACAGGCACGUCCUGCCAGUCUCUUCUGUUUAAUUUUAUGACCACCCCAAACCCCUCAACCCCCACCUGAACCCACCCUCGCUUGAAAUGUUUGAACACCUCUCCUCUGCAUGUCCUUGUGGUCAAGGUUAGAUGGGUGCAUGGUAAAAAAGCAGCAGACAAUUCUUUUCCAGUCAGUGAAAGUGUAUUUCAUUUAACAUUCAGCAAUAAAAAAGAACCUUUCCCCAUGUCAUUCCUGAAAUAUGCUAGAAAAAAAAAAAGAAAAAAA